AUGUCGUCUGCAGUAGCAGAGCUGGACUCGAUCCUGCAGUCCAUGCUCAACCUCAAGCCCCCCGGAGUCUCAGGAUCCAAGAUCAGUGCCAUUACCACUCUUUGCACCGCCAACAUCCAAUCCGAAUCAGUACUCAUUCAAAAGAUCUACACACAUUUCAAGAAAACACCAGGAACACACAAGUUAGGAGUACUCUAUGUUGUAGACUCUGUAACACGACAAUGGGUAGAUCAAGCCAGAAAAGCAGGUCAACAACUAGGUAGCGCAGCUCCCGAUGGGACAUUUGCUGCUGGAGUAACCCGAGUGACUGAAUUGCUUCCCGUCCUGAUGAACGACAUUACUGCCACAGCCCCUGAAGAUCAAAAGGUCAAAAUCAAAAAGCUCCUUGAAAUUUGGGAGCGUUCCAACACGUUUCCUACUCCUUUGCUUAUCUCUCUCAAAGAGAAGCUUGAUGCACCUCGAGUUUCGACCACACCAGAAGGAUCCCCCAUCCCUGGAUUUGUUCCAUUUGGUCAAACAAACUCUACUAAUCCUGUAACAGCAGCAUCAACAUCAUCUUCCCAGCAAGAUACAUCUGCAAUCCUGGAAGCUCUCAAGAAUAUGGCCAAACAAAACGCUGCACCGCAGCAAACCCCAGUUGUACCCGCACAAACUAGUUUGAAUAAUCUGUUAGGCGCGCACAAUGGGACUCUUCAGCCGAACAGUACCGUAAACCCGGGUCUUGCUCCCACUGCCAACAAUGCGCAAGGUGUAAACUCGCUGGGAGCAAUGUGGGCAGGCAUGAAUAAUGGUGCACAAAGCCAGAGUCCCGCAAAUGUGCCUCAGAAUCCUCUUGCUGCAUUUCUUCCUCAGCCACAAGCUCCAGUUACCAUGGCGCAGAAUCCUGCCCCUGUAACCCAAGAUACCCAAACACAAAUUCAACUACUGCAGCUUCUUGCCGCACAAGGUAUUCCACCUGAUCAAUGGGCUACCGCUCUUCAAUUGUUGAACAUGCAAGGUGCAACCGGCGGCAUAAAUGGAGUUCCAUUUCCACCUCCAGUGACAGCCAACAAUUGGGGCGGCCAAGCAGGUGGUCAGUCACGUGAUGCACACACCCGAUCUCCUCCCAGCCAGUACAGACGUCGAUCUCGUUCCCCAGGAUAUGAUAGACGACGCGACCUUUCUCCUAGACGUCGUCGGGAUAGUCCUGGCCCUGAUCAAUAUCGUAACGAUCGCGACGGUCGACGAAGCAAUGAUUACCGUCAACGCAGCCCCCCUGGUAGAAGAGGCCGCUCACCAUCUCCAGCAGGAGCUGAUCAAAAGCUGCCACCACCUGGACCCAAGGCUAUAUCGAGAGAUACCAAUCUUCCCAAAGGUCAUAUAAAAGUCUUCAGCCGUACUUUGUUUGUGGGCGGUGUUACAUCAUCAGAAGCCCAUCUUCGUUCCUUGUUCGCCCAAUACGGAACUGUCCAAACAUGCAUCGUCAAUGUUGACAAGCGUCAUGCAUUCGUCAAGAUGAUCAAUCGCCGAGAUGCAGAGAAGGCACGUGAUGGUAUGGAAGAAUAUAAGACCGGUGACACUCAGCUUCGUACCAAAUGGGGUGUAGGCUUCGGACCACGUGACUGCAGCGACUACCAGACGGGUGUUAGUAUCAUCCCAAUUGAACGCCUGACUGAUGCCGAUCGCAAGUGGCUGCUCACUGCCGAAUAUGGUGGUACUGGAGGAUUACCGAUCGAACAGUACAUGGUUGUCGAGGAACCUGACAUCGAAAUUGGUGCCGGAGUGUCUUCUAAAGCUAUGAGUCGACGCAUCGCAACAGAUCAGGGUGGAAGACGUGGCCCACAAUCAUCCCGACUUCCAGGAGGACGAGAUGAUCGACAUCGAGACGAUGAUCGACGACACGAUCGCAACGACCGAUCUGGUGCAAACAUGGGAUCCAUGCCUUCGUUUCCAAUGAACUUCAAUAAUCCCAACGGCAUGCCAGUAUUCCCGCCAGGUUUUCAAUUUCCAUUCCAGCAACAGAACCAACAAGACUAA